AACGUUUCGCCUUCCAAGCGACGGUUGUGUCCAAGCUGAGCUACAAUUUCCGAUAUAGGAGAUAAUCUGCAUAUAUACACAUAUAUUUAUGUACAUUCAUUUGGAGUACAUAAUACAUAUCAUCAAGUGACGUACUUGCGAAAAUGGAGUUGGUUAAAGACGCAGUGAAUAAACCCAAUAACGACGGCAGUGUUUCGUCGUCUACAUAUGUCAUGCCCGUUGAGGCUCACAGUCCGCUGUACUUGGAGGCGUAUCGCAAAUCUGUGCAAAAUCCAGUUGCCUUCUGGGAGGAGUUGGGACACUUGCUGGAUUGGGACAGGCCUUGGCAGCAAGUGCUGGAUAACAGCAAUCCGCCAUUUACCAAAUGGUAUGUGGGUGGGUAUUUGAACGCCUGCUACAAUGCCAUCGACAGGCACAUUCUAGCGGGCAGGGGGGACAGCGUGGCCCUGAUCCACGAUAGCCCGAUGACGGAGACGGUGCGCAAGGUCACUUACCAGGAGCUAUACGAUGAGGUUGUGCUACUCGCCGGUGGACUGGCCAAACUGGGCGUGACCAAGGGGGAUCGGGUCGUGAUCUAUAUGCCAUUGAUACCGGAGACAAUUGUAGCCAUGUUGGCGAUUGUUCGCCUUGGCGCCAUACAUUCGGUGGUCUUUGGUGGUUUCGCCGCACAGGAGCUCUGCUCGCGUAUUGAACACGUGGAGCCGAAGCUUGUUAUUGCAGCUAAUGCGGGCGUAGAGCCUGGCAAAGUGGUGCCCUAUUUGGACAUCUUGCACUCGGCCAUCAAUAUGUCGCGCUGGAGGCCACCGCAACGCAAUAUAAUUUUUAUGCGUGAAAAUGUUGCAUCGGAGAUUCUGGAUGAGACGGCGGAUGUGCUCUGGUCGACGGUGCUGGCCAUGGCUGAUGCCAAUCAGCCAGUGGCAUGUGUGCCCGUCGAAGCCAAUGAUCCGCUUUACGUACUCUACACUUCUGGCACUACGGACAAGCCGAAGGGUGUGAUGCGCACAAUUGGAGGCCAUUUGGUGGCACUGAUGUACACCCUGAAAAUGAUUUAUGGCAUUCAGCCAGGCGAUACGUGGUGGGCUGCCUCCGAUAUGGGCUGGGUCGUAGGACACUCUUAUAUAUGCUACGGUCCGCUUUGCUUGGGUGCCACGAGCGUCAUGUACGAGGGCAAGCCGGAUCGCACACCGGACCCGGGACAGUACUUCAGACUCAUUGAUCAGCAUAAGGUAUGCGCCAUUUUCUCUGUGCCGACCUCCUUCCGUGUUAUACGUCGCGCUGAUCCGGAGAUCAGCUAUGGGCGGCAGUACUGCAUGAAAUCCCUGCGAGCUAUCUUCAUAGCAGGCGAGCACUGUGACUACGAGACAAAAGCGUGGAUAGGGAAGACGUUCAAGGUGCCAGUCCUGAAUCACUGGUGGCAGACGGAGACUGGUUCGGCUGUAACGGCAACAUGUCUGGGCUUCCAACAGAACGUCAAUCCUCCCAUGUACUCCACCGGUCUCCCACUGGUGGGCUAUGAUAUCAAGAUACUCAAGAAGGAUGGCACAGAGGCUCUGCCCUCAGAGUUGGGCCGGAUUGUGCUGAAGUUGCCACUGCCUCCCGGUAAUAUGGCCACUCUAUAUAAAAACGAUGAACUCUUUCGCAAACUCUACUUCCAAAAAUUUCCGGGCUACUACGACACAAUGGAUGCUGGCUAUAAGGAUGAACGUGGCUACAUUUUUGUAACAGCUCGCGAUGAUGACGUCAUAAACGUGGCUGGCCAUCGUUUGUCCACCUCCAGUCUUGAAGAUGCAGUACUCCGUCAUCCCGACGUUGUCGACGUGGCCGUCUUUGGCGUGCCGGAGGCAACUAAGGGCCAGGUGCCGCUCUGUCUGUACAUUCCUGUAGAGAACUGCAAGAAAACGGAUGCCAAGCUCUCCGCGGAGAUUAUCAAGCUAAUACGCGAUGUGGUUGGCCCUAUUGCCGCCUUCCGCCUGAUCACCUCGGUCAACAAUUUGCCACGCACUCGAUCCGGCAAGACAAUGCGUAAGGCAAUGGCGGACUUUGCCCGCAACGAGCUUGUUGUCCUGCCAUCAACCAUCGAUGAUGCCAGUAUCUUCAGUGAGAUUCGGCGAGCGCUUCAGCAUCUGGGCUAUGCGAUGUCUGCGCCCGAACCUAUUGGUGCCAAGAUGCUGAACUGAGUGGGCAGUGGUCAACACUCAUCUGCUUGGCCUUUUGUGCAAUGUACUUAGUUUUAAAUGUUACCCAUGAAAUUAAAUAAAUAUGUAUGUUUUUGAGAAAUGCUAAA